CAUCAUCACAAAAUGGCGCAGCUUUUGAACGUGGAAGAGCUUUACGUCUAUAUUUUUAUUUAUUAUGUGAUAUAGAAGUUCUUAAUAAUUAUCAGACAAUAGAUUACUUAAGAAAUUAUUAAUUAUUAUUAUAAAAAUUAAAUCAGCUUAACUUGAGAUACACAAAUUCUUUGGAAAUUCACCCCGUUGAAACUAACCUGGAGCCAAAAUCAGAGAAGAGAGAUGCGGAGAUCGUUAGAAAUAUACGUUUUAUUUUGAUACAAAACCGGGCUGGAAAAACAAGAUUAGCCAAAUGGUACAUGAAUUUUGAUGAUGAUGAGAAACAAAAAUUAAUUGAAGAAGUACAUGCGGUAGUUACAGUUCGUGAUGCCAAACAUACUAAUUUUGUGGAGUUUCGAAAUUUUAAAAUAGUCUAUAGAAGAUACGCAGGGUUAUACUUUUGCAUUUGUGUUGAUGUCAAUGAUAAUAAUCUAUGUUAUCUAGAAGCAAUUCAUAAUUUUGUUGAAGUAUUGAACGAAUACUUUCACAACGUGUGUGAGUUAGACUUGGUGUUCAAUUUUUAUAAGGUAUACACAGUGGUAGAUGAAAUGUUCUUAGCAGGUGAGAUUAGGGAAACAAGUCAAACAAAAGUAUUGAAGCAAUUACUAAUGUUAAAUUCACUAGAAUAAACCUGUAUUUUAUUUAAUUAUUAUUUAUAAAUAAUGUAAAGAAGUUAAUCAUUUAUUUUUAUGUAAAUUACAUGAUAUAUACUUAUGAAGAUAUUAAAUGAUGUAAAUGUUCUAUACAAUACUAAAGAA